AUGUCCAGCCUGUCGUUACCUCUGCCUGGAGGGCUUCCAGGCACGGACAGACGCAGGCUAUUACUGAUUUACAUUCAUGGCUUCAUGGGUUCUGAAGCCAGCUUUCAUGACUUUCCAGCACAUAUUCAUGACCUAGUAACGGGCUUAUUGAGCGAGGCGUAUGUGGUAUACACUCGCAUUUAUCCUCGAUACAAGUCUCAUGGCGAGUUACAGACAGCAGUGAGCCAAUUCAGCUCCUGGCUAUCACCUCAUGAAGCCGAUGACUUGGAUGUCAUCCUGCUGGGACAUAGUCUUGGCGGCAUUCUUGCCGCAGAUGUGGCUCUCCUACAGCAAGAUGGGCGACCGAAACAUCGAAUCCUGGGACUUGUGAACUUUGAUGUUCCCUUUUUGGGGCUUCAUCCCCGUGUAAUCCCCACGGGAAUCAUGGGCUCUGUUCCGAGGAAAGAUGUAGCCCCUGAAGACCAACUUGCGGGCGAACAAGAGUCUCUUGGCUUAGAACCUGCCUAUAAGCCCGUCACUCCAAAUCCAAACUUUGACCCUCCAUUCAGGAACGAUGUUCGCCUCGUUCAACGCGGAUUCCUCAAGGGUGUUAUGCACUUUGUCAAUAAGAACACCGACAACCUCUCGCGCUCUAUAUUCGACCGUCUAGUAUCACCCAUGAAAUUUGCAGGCUGUGUCAAUAACUACUCUGAACUUCGCCAGCGACAUCGGUGCCUGAUAGAGCUAGAAGAUGCUGAAUACAAGCCUGAAAGGGUACGAUUCGUCAACUACUAUACCAUCAGCACUGGCCGAAUACCCCGGAAAGCCAAGGGAGAGACCGCAAAAGAGGAUUCGAAGAAACCCGACGAGACGCCUUCGGAUGAGCCUGCAGAGAAGGAGAUAUCUGAAGAUAUGCCAGAGAUUUCCGUGGAAAAAAUCAAACUCGGCGAUGAAAGCGAACCGAUACCCCCACCUCCACCUACACGUAAACCUCCUGAGAUACCAAAUGCCUUGCAAAAAUCAGAGGCAGUCUCAUCCACGACCAGCAUCUCACCAUCUGAUAACCAAAGCUUAAAAUCGGUCUCAUCAGACUCCACUCUCGCAGCCCAAGACAUGAGCUCGGAGAACGAUCGCCCAUCGAUCGAAACCCCAAGCAUCGCAUCGUCGACGACUCUUGAUCCAGAAAGUGAGAAGCUUUCCGAAAGUGUCUCCAUCUCGACAUCACAAUCUGAGCUCGACCCGGACACCUCUAAGCGGAAACUCCGCAAGUUCAUCCUCUUGCCAUCUCACCAUUGGAAGUAUAACGAUAAUGCUCAUUGGAUACCUGUGUUGAUGCAUGAUAUGAACGAAGUAACGGCGCAUCAGUCCAUGUUUGUGCCACAGGGUGCAAACUAUGACUACCUAGUUGGGGAUACUGUGGCUCUGAUCGAGCAAUGGAUUCAGACCGAUUUCAGCCUACGAUUUCUGCAAGAGACUCUCGAUUAG